AUGUCGAUGAGCCCUAAGCAUACGACUCCUUUUUCUGUUUCCGAUAUCUUGAGUCCCCUUGAGGAGAGCUAUAAGAAAGUAAGUAUGGAGAAUAACAACUUGGGGGCACCUCUCGCUUCUUACCGGCAGCCGCAGGUCUCUCAGGCGGCGAUGCAGCAGCACCACAUGGGCCAUAAUGGGACUGUGUCUGCGGCUUACCACAUGACCGCGGCAGGUGUUUCUCAGCUGUCACACUCGGCCAUGGGGGGCUACUGUAACGGCAACCUGGGCAACAUGGGCGACCUGCCGUCGUACCAGGACGGCAUGAGGGGCAGCACCACGGCCACCGGCUGGUACGGAGCCAACCCGGACCCGCGCUUCUCCACCAUUUCUCGCUUCAUGGGCUCGUCGUCGGGCAUGAACAUGGGCAGCAUGGGCAGCCUCAGCUCCCUGGCCGACGUGGGCAAAGGCAUGGGCUCCCUGUCCAGCACCCCGAGGAGAAAGAGACGGGUGCUGUUCUCCCAGGCGCAGGUCUACGAGCUGGAGCGACGCUUCAAGCAGCAGAAAUACCUGUCGGCGCCGGAGAGGGAACACCUGGCAAGUAUGAUUCACCUCACCCCGACCCAGGUGAAAAUCUGGUUUCAGAACCACCGGUACAAGAUGAAGAGGCAGGCCAAGGACAAAGUGUCCCAGCAGCAGAUGCAGCAGGACAGCGGCUCCUGCCAGCAGCAGCAGCAGCAGCAGUCCCCGCGGAGGGUGGCCGUGCCGGUGCUGGUGAAGGACGGCAAGCCGUGCCAGGGCACCGGCCACACGCCCACGUCCUCCGCGCAGACCCUCCACCAGCAAGGAGGCGGCAACGUCAUGAUCAUGUCCAACAACACGUCCGGCCUCGGGCAGCACCAGAGCCAGCAGGUGGGGAGCACCGGUCACUCUCCAGAUUUGGCGCCUCACUCCUCCAGUCCGCCGUCCCUGCAGAGCCAGGUGGCCGGCCUCUCUCACCUCAAUUCCCCCGGCGCAGAGUACGGCUCGGCCCUGCAGUGUUCGGCCCUGUUAUACGGCAGGACGUGGUGA